GACAGAUCAGAGGGAAUAGCUUAUUAAGAGGGACCAAACUCUCCUACUACAGACAUUUCUAACCCAAAAAAUACUAACUAAAGGUAGUGUGCUCCUUCAUUCAAUUCCUAGCAAGCUAGCUAGCUAGUUAGCAGUCUUAUUGGAUGAAGCUAGACAAUGAUGGCUUAUAAGAGUAUCCUCCACCAAGCAGCUGAUUUUCCCUCCAAGAGACUGCACUUCCACUGGAAAACCAAAGUCAGGAGUGAGGAAGAGGAUGAAGAUUAUGGCGUCAAACGAAACCGCGGGGAAGCAGAGGACGAUUCAUCUCCCGAUCAAGAACAACCAUCCAAGAACAACCCAUCAGCAGUAGACAGCAACAAGAAGCUGAACCAAGAAUCAUCACUACCAGCAGCGGCAGCAGGCACAACCGGUAAGCUGAAAUCAGUGCUGACUUCGAUCGGGAGGAACAGGCUGAGUUCGGUGUUGAUGAACCAGCUGCAAGGCGGCGGGAGGAGGAGGAGGCUGCUGGUAGGCACCCUUUUCGGCCCCAGGCGUGGGACCCACGUGCAUUUCGUGUUCCAGAAGGACCCCACUUCAGAACCGGUGUUCUUGGUGGAGUUAGCCACCCCAAUAUCAUCCCUGGUUCGGGAGAUGGCUUCGGGGCAGGUCCGGGUCGCCCUGGAGUGUGACAGGAAGAAGGCGGCAGACAGCGGCAGCGGGAGGAGGGUAAUAGAUGAGGAGGGUGUUUGGAGAGCAUACUUGAAUGGAAAGAAGUGUGGGUUCGGGAACAGCAGACGAGAAUGCGGGGAAAGAGAGUGGGAGAUUUUGAAGUGCGUGGAGGCUAUCACCACCGGAGCGGGGGUACUGCCACCCAUAAUUGGCGGCAGCUAUGGCGGGGAAGUGAUGUAUAUGAGAGCGAAGUUUGAGAGAGUGGUGGGGUGUAGAGAUUCAGAAGCACUGUACAUGAUGAACCCUGCAGACAGCCAUGCUCCUCCUGAGCUCAGUCUUUACCUUCUCAGAACAGAUGGAUGAUCAUGGAUCGAUCGACCGAGUUUAACUAAUUAACAUGCAUUACCUAAGAGUAAUAUGGAUUAAUGCCAGCCAUAAGUGGCCAUGCAUGUCCAUUGCAUUUUUUGUAUUGUUUUUUGCUUUUAUGUUUUGCAUAUUUCAUUUCCAUGUAGGCAGUACAUGCGAAUCCUUCAUGAAUAAUAAUGGAAGGAAUUGAAGAAGGCCGGCCGUGAUGUUAAUAGCCCCAAAUUCCGUAGUGUGUUGAAAAAUUAAUUGAACUAUGAUAACCAUUUCACCGAUAGAAAUCCAAAUAAGGACCAGUUCUAUAUUGGACCAUUUCCCAUAUUUCUAUACAACUCUGUGUGAAUGAAAUGCCAAGCUGCUGGGUCAAGGCCAUUUAUGCGAC